AACACCUAUCACAAAGCCUAGGAAGCGUGUAGGAGAAGAUGGCCAGAUUAGAGCUCCUGCUGCCAGUGCUACUCGCCGUCCAAUAUGUGUCAAGUCAGAGCACCGACCCCUUAGGUGACUUCAACAUUGACGCCCUUUUAGCCGAGCUGGGCCCAUUUCAAGGAGGCGCGCCCCAAGAUCCACAGCCACCAGGAAAUCUAGGGUCUGCAGUUGCAGACAUUUCGACACAAACAGGAGGUGCAAAAGAAUCAGAUAUACAAGCUGCUAUUAAUGACAUUCAAAGAGAACUCAGACAGAGUUUUGCUGCAGAUUCUAGUCUCCAAGGACUUGUUGCAGGAAAUACUGAACAUCUAGGUAAUCUAGACGCCUUGCUGUCAUUAGGAGGAAGUGGGCCCUCCACCGCAACGACGAAUAGUAAUGGUGGCGUUGGACUCGAUGAAAUGUUGCUUUCAAAUACAGCCUCAUCUCAUAACACACAAAGUCCUCUUGCUCUUGAUUCUAAUCUUCAAGGCCUUUUUACAGAAAAUGGAGAUCUAGGCAACCUUCAAGCAUUGCUUGGUUCUUUUGGAGGAAGUGGGUCAUCCACCGCUACGUCUAGUAGUGGAGGUAGUAAGAGCGGUAGUAGUGUGGGUGUUGAUAAAACGAGACUAUCGAAUGUUCAUUCAUCUUUCGACUCAAAAGAUUCUCUUGGAGAAACCUCUAAAGCACAGUCAUUCUCGUCCCAACCCAUUGCUUCUCAAAACAGUCUCGAAAAGUUUGCUACUGGAACACAUGAUCAACAUAAAGAUAACAUAUUGGAAUUGCCACUGCCAAAUAUCGGCGAUUUGUCACUGAAUCAGCGUCAAUUUUCUCAAUCUAAAAAGGAUAACAAUAACCUGAAUUCCUUCACUCAGUCGAAUCCAAUAGAAAAAUCCUUCACGCAGGCUGUUGGAACCGCAUCACAUUCGUCUGAAGGCUCCUCACACAUCCAAAACGCAUCCCCCUUCUCAGCUGCAUUUUCCCAAGGAACACCUUCUGUAACGUCACAGUUUCCGGAUCUUAAUAUUCCUAAUACGAAUUUUGAUUUCCAGAGCACAUUCAAAACAACAGAAAAUUCGGGUUUCCAACAAAGCAGCAGUCGACCAACUCCAGUCGACCGGUUUCAAAACACUGCAAGCAGCGCAGUUAGCUUUGGCUUAUCCGACACUUCCAUACAGCGGAGAUCGGAUUCUCCAAGCAGACGACAACUAGAAAAUCUUUCCCCUGAUGAACUAAGGCGCGCUCUGGCUGAAGUAAACAAAGAGAUAGAUAGGCUCUCUAGCCCAAUUAACAACAACAAUCAGCCUUCUUCAGGAGUUGAGAAUAUUAUUAUCGAAAGCGAUCCAAGAAGAGUUGUCCAAGGACUUGACAGAAGAUCACAACCCUUAAUAGGACUAGAACCUGGCUCUAUAGCCCAACGUUUUGGGGGAAGUCAAGGGUUAGAUUCCUCUUUAACUCGUGAUGCGCCCGUUGAAAACUCAUUUGAGCUACAACAAACAUCUAACGCAUUAACAGCUUCUUCACCGGACCCAACAGAAGAACAAUCGGGACCAGAAGGACAACAAUUCGUCACAGCCGCUCGACCUCAGAUCAAUCCCUUAAAUGCUUUUGAAAAUAUGGGCGGAGGAAAUCCUUUUGCACAAAACCCGUUUGUUCCUGGGUUUUCGCAAAUGUUUGGAGCCCCGGCUCUCGGCCAAGUUCCACCUAUGUUUAGACCUGCACAACUACCACCUAAUUUUGGCCAAGGUGUUCCAGGGGUUACAAAUCAGCUACAACGAUUUGGCAACACAAAUAGUUUAGAGUUUGGCGAGAUUUCUUCACCUGGAAACUUACGAUCAAGUCUUCCUAAUUUGAGAUUUGAACCACCAAAUGGAUUUCCAGGCAGAAACAGUUUUGGUCCGUCGGGUAGAGAGAUUCGGUUUGAACAAAGAAGGCAACCUGGACCAUCGUUUGGUCCCGGACGUCUGCGUGAACGACUCCAGGACAACAGACAAGAAUUUUUGAGGUCAUCUGACCGAGAUAGUAGGGCAAGAUCCCCCGACAGGGAUAUAAAUAGAAUUAGAGACUCUAUACGUCAGCAGCGUUUAAGAGGUUCAUUUGAUUUGAGUUCUCUAAGACCAUCCAUUGGACAGGGCAGGAGCGGCUCGAGUCAACCCAUCAGAAGACUGCGACUCAAUGGAAGGACUUUAAGGCGGCAAGGGCAUUCUGGACCAGGCAGACGCCUGACCGGAAGACAGCCGGGGUCUGUACGGCCGGAGUCUGUACGCAGACAAGAGCUUCGGUCUUCAUGGAGAGGGAGACUAUAAGGAACCAUGGCAGUUGAAUGUAUGAAUGAAUCGUGUGAAUGUGUGCUUACCUGUUUCAGAGCGUGCGUUAUAUUUGAACAUUUUUUGUAAACAUAUUUUUUCUAUAUUAUUUAUUUUCCUAAAUAAAGAAAAAAAAAAACACGUCAUUGUAUUGAUGGACGGUAACAUAACAAUGAAGAAGUUUUGAUAGUAAAUAUAUUUUACUUGCAUCUACUGAGUGUACACUAACUCAAUAUGUGAAGGAAAAUAUGCAGAAAAGGAAAUCAUUUUCAUACCCAUGAAAGAAACACUAAAACAAAUAUAUCGAGUAAACACAAGAAUUAUCUCCUUAUAUUUACAUUCAGUUAUCCCCUUAUGUUUGCAUUUGAAAUCUGCGACGUUCAAUUUUCUAUGAAUACACUUUGCUAAUUCAUGCGCCAUGAGCACAGAAACAUGUUUUGAGUAUAUUUAUUUUUGUAAGAUUAAAUGAAACUUUAAAUCUUACAUAACCAAUUUGAUAUCUACUAUUGAAAAACAGUCAAGAUACUCUUUAAUAAAAAAACAUUUUUCUCCACAAAGUUUCUGGCACUAUAUCAUUUGUCGUGGAAGCUAACUAGAUAACAUGUUAAUAUGGCUGUUCCAUGUAUGUUUCAUAUCCCAGUCUAAGAGCGCGAAUAAUGGCAUUUUAGAGGCGAUAUAUAAUAUUUCAUACAAAUAGACAUCAGUAUGAAAAAAAUAAAAGCAUUGAAUGCUUAAUUUUGGAUGUCCUAUGGCACACCAAGCGGUGAAGACACGCUAACGCGUGGUAUUCAAUUUGGCUGCACCGCUUGGUGUGUCAUAGGACCGACGACAUCCAAAAUAAGCAUUCAAUGCAAUGUAUAAUAUAACAAUGUUAGUUUAAUAUGUGUGAAAUGCAUACGAAUGAAAGCCUAAUUAAUUCACCUGAACUUUCCAAUUACGUCUUUCAGUUGAAACUAAUCAUUCAACAUUCACAAAAAGAAAACUGUUAUUUAAAAAAAAGAAUAAUAAAUUCAUCAUCUUCU